CCCCAAUUUGGGGAACAUGGAUGUCAACACAGCAGUCCGAGUAUCGUAGACGCAGUCAUUAGAAUUUAUUUGGUCCUUCAGAGCUUUAACAUAAAUAUACUUUAUGUUUCUGUUUGGUCACUGUACAUUCAUUAUUAAGUGGUUAAAGCUGACAUUUUGUUACUACCAGUCAUGGAUGAUUUGGAAGAAUUUAGUGGAAACAAUUCUGUCAUUUCCAUAAUUUGCAUAAUGCCCCAUAGUGACAACCAGCCAUCACCUCUCAGCAACAGCCCUGAUACUAGUGACAAGCACCACAUCCUUUGUGGGGUUUGCCCGGACCCUCAAUGUCAGACAAAGUUACACUUUUUAUCCACCAGUUCAAGUGUGGAAUGCACAGGAUGUGGACAGAGACAUGACAAAUCAACUUUACUCAGCAUUAUGGAAGCACCAACUUCAGCUGGCACUUUCCAGAAUUUACUUCAAAGUCUUCUUAUGAGCACUGUUAAACCUCAUCGAGGUCCAGACAAUGUGAAGGUCCUGGGACUGUCAAACUAUAUGUGCAAACUGUUGUCGCCUGUGCUGAGUCGCUAUGGCAUGGAUCGUCAGACAGGCAGAGCAAAGCUGCUGACAGAAAUGGGUCAGGGUGAGAUAUUUGACUGUGGAAAUUUAUCUGACAGAGCCUUUCUCUUGGAUUCUGAGCACGUCAACAUCGAGGGCUUUGGCCGUGAUCCUUCUAGUGCUGCUUAUCUGGCAGACACUUUAGAGGCAGUAAAGAAAGUUAAUGAUGAUGAUGAACGAUUAAUCCCCAUAUAUGCUGAUGGGGAUGGUCAUUGUCUGGUGCAUGCAGUUUCUCGGGCGUUAGUUGGUCGGGAGUUGUUCUGGCAUGCUCUGCGCCUCAAUCUGAUGCACCACUUACAGGAUAACCUGGAAAAGUACGAACUGUUGUUUGAGAACUUUGUUGACAAGGAUGAGUGGAAAGAGAUUAUUGAGGAGUGUGACCCAAAUUUCAUGCCAAAAGACCAUGAACCAGCAGGCCUGAGAAAUAUUCAUAUAUUUGGUCUUGCCAAUGUUCUUAAAAGGCCUAUAAUCCUCUUGGAUACAUUGGGAGGAAUGCAAAGCAGUGGAGACUACUCUGGUGUGUUUUUACCUGCACUUGUGGAGCCUGAAAAGUGUUGUGGCAAGGAUGGAGUACUGAACAAGCCCAUCUGUGUAGCUUGGAGCAGUCAGGGUCGAAACCACUUCAUCUCUCUAGUUGGAGUGAAGGGGAAACCAUGUCCUCGCCUACCACGGUACAUGAUACAGAGGGCCUGGGGUGUCAGCUCCAGUAUGGUUGACAAAUACAUCCACUUUGAAGAUGACCAACUAUGUGCUAUUGGUGGUGAAAAGUGUCUGCAGGACCGUUACCUACAAAGACUUGUGACUGCCAUGGAGGAAGUAUUUUACAACCUGCAUGGAGUUCACCCUUCCCUUGUGGCAGAUGUGCACCAGUAUUCCUUCAAAUCACAAGGUAUUGAUGUUGGCAAGACAGAGAGAGCAGUCGAGGAGACCAAGCAGUUUGUACAAGAUGGACAACUCUUGCGAUGUUUGAUAUGCAAAGCGCUCACCCACUUUCCCAUGCCCAGGAAUGCAUUUGUGAAAGGUGGUGCUCUGUAUCAACUUGCCCUUGACACUCACCAUGAGCUGCUGCCCUCAGAGCUCUACAAGUUUCCUAAAUAUUAUGAUAUCACCUGCCAUUAUGACAAGGUCAAGGAUGAAUUGAUCCCAGACAUCAGUCAGUUGAGCUGCCCUUUUUGUCGAGGUCUACAAGUUCGGCCAGUGAAGGCUGAUGGCACUAUAGAGUAUAAGAAUGGCGACCGUACAAUCGUGCCUACUAACAGCAAGGCGGGGUGUGGCUGUGGUUUUAAACAUUACUGGGAUGGUCAGUUGUAUGACAACCAGCCUGAGCUGCUGACUGUGCCACUUGAGUGGAACAAUAAGAAGGUGGAGGAGAGAGUGGCAUGGUUUCAACAUGAAACUGACCCUCAACUGAACAGCAAUGUGUACCAAGUGGCUGAGAAUUUGGUUCAAAAACAUUUUCCAGGUGAGUUUGGUAGCGAGCGGCUAGUUCAACAGGUUGUGGACACAAUCCUACGCCAGACAGCUUCCUCGAAGACUGAUGAUGUGGAGAGUCCCCAUGUUGGGGCCCCCAAGUCAUGUGACCAUGGCUCUUGGACUGCAGAUGAGGAGUCCAAAAUUAUCCUUUCAGGGGCAGGAAUUCAGAAGAGAAGCCUUCACAAAGAAGAGCUCAAUAAAAGUGAAACUGAACAACAACUUCGACAUCGUGUGUCAGCAAAUGCUCCACUUCAGCAAACUCGUAGCAAGUCUGUGGAGAGUUCUACUGGUCCCAGCGGCAAAACCAGCCCUCAGACCAGUCCUCACAGGUCUGGUGCUGCUAAGGAGGCCAGAGGGUCCCCAGACUUGUCUGCUACUAGUUCUGCCAAGUCCACCCCUUCGGCUACACCUCCCUCCACCCCAAAGUCUACAGCACACGGGGGCAAAACUGUCCGUGUAACUUCCUCCACAGGACAAGCAGCCAUGCUGACAUUAAACAAGGAGCUCACAUUCUGGGAGCUGCAGCAGAAGCUGGAAGAAGCACUUGGGGUACCUCCACAUCGGCAGAAGCUACGAGUGGGAUUUCCACCUCGUGAAUUAAAGGCCCCUGCAGCUGGGGAAGAGGGACGUUUUGUGCCCAUCAACCAUGGAGACAAGAUAGUUGUGGAGGUUUUGUCAGAACCAUCAUUAGUUGCUGGAAUUGUGGAGUGGCACACCCUCACUCACAGUGCAGAUGCUGCCUCACGCCCUGUGGAUUCUGAUCAGGCAGGUGGACAGUGGGGUUUGUUUGACUGGAAGGAGCAGAUGCCCCACUCUGAAUCACUCAUAGAACAUCUGAGAGACUCACAGCACUUGGGAGACAGCAUAGACUCUGCAAUCAUUUCCCUGGGCCUUAUUGCCACCAUGAGCGGGAAAGACCUGUGGACAUACGUUCAAAAGGAACCACAUCUGUUUUCGGUGGGUGGACUGUUUUACAAGCAGGUUGAACGGGACCUGGGCCUGACCCCCAACAAACACUGCACUCUUCCUGCUUUGCCUGGAAAGGUGUUUAGAUACAAUGAUGUUGAGGACCGCCUGGAGCUGUGUCUAGAGCCUCAUGGCCAUUUCCCAGUGCAACCAGAAAUUGAGAAACUUGUGCGUAGUGGCAUGAUUCCUCAUGAUGUCCACUCAAGUGUUUCUGAUGAAGCAGGGCAAGGAAAGUUUGGCUCAAGUAGUGCUCUAGGCAGUGGCUGCAUCACACAUACCCAUGGAUCCCACAAAGCCUUUUCAGGCCAAGGUCACAGUCUGAGGUCAGCAGCAGUGAACGAGACUAGAAUGCCUGCAGACCUGCCUAUGACCAGUCACAAACAUGAGGCCAGGCGGCUACACAACUUCUGUGACCCAGCUCAUGCACAGGAGUCGAUAGAGGAGGUGCCAGAGGUUGACAACUCUGACCUGAAGGAGGAACUGGCUUGCGGGGCUGAGCCUGGGAAGGCCCAGGAGAUGUACCUUCGCAAAGGACCGGGGUUCAGUGUCUUGAAACCACAGUCAGUACCAGAGGCUUCAACAGAUGCUUUGCUGCAACUUACGCGGCAAAUUAAAGAAGCUAUUGGCAGUGAUACUGACACAGAGAUCAUGGAAUGUGUGAUGGAGCAAGCUAAUGAGGAGCAAGCUGAACACAGAGCACCACUGGCAUGGCCUCACAGCUCUGCAGGGGAGAGCACAACAGAAGAUGGUACUGAGAAAAGCAAAGAAACAGAGGAGAACAGAGCCGAUGAUUCAGCAACGCUAGUUCCUGACAGUGACCAGAAAUCCACCCAAGAGAUUAUCAAGACUGUAAGGGGGGCCAGAACAUGGAGUACAUGGAUGGGGUGGCAGAACAAGGCAGUGAUAUACUGGCUUCAUCCUUGUCUCACAAGGCACCACAACAGACACCUGCUGUACCCUUGCUUCAGGAUGUAGUAGGCAGUGACACAGACAGGGCUGCAGAGGCCAGAGAUAAAGAGGAGAGAGACGUUGAUGGCUCAGUGAAGGUGAAGACAAUAAGUAAAAAACAGGAUGAGCAGAGUGCUGAUGAGAUGGAUACAACAUGAAAGUGAGGUCAUUUAUGGAGUCUUGACCUUGACAUCGCAGUUUUUGCAUUUUCCUUCUUUCUCUCUUUGUGGACAUACAAUGCAUGGAGGUACAACUCAUGCACUGCCUUGAAGCUAGGCUACCUGUGAUAAGGACUGCUCAGCUGGAAGAGAAAUCAAGCCUUCAGUUGCCCUUCUGUAUCUUGAAGAUUAAGAAAGUCUAAGACAGUGUGCAUGAGAAAGAAAGAGAGAGAGAGAUUGUGGUUAGGCUGGCAGUCAUCAGAAAUGUGUUUACUAAUACACAUGCUCAAUGCUUUGUUUCUUUGGUUCAACACACAUCAUUAAUUCAGUUAAUUGGUUAGAUCAGCUGUGCUUUUUUGUGUGAGAAGCCCUCACAAAAGACAUGCUUUUCUUAUUCUACUUUCAUUCUUUUUCUUUUCUUCUUUAUACUUCAUUCACUCUAUCAUUAGAUGAUUUUUUGUUGUUGUAAAGUUCAGGGAUUUAGGGUUUUGCGGGUCAUUUAGUUUCAUCUCCCUCAAGCACAAAAGCAACUGUGAUGACAAUUCUCUGUGUUACUAAUGAUAAUAAUUACUGAUACAAGAAGUAAGGCAUAAUAAGUAGUGUGUGACCUGUGUCAUGUGCUUCUUUAAUAUGUUAGCACAUUUUUCAUACACCCUUGCAUUCACAUAAUUGUCUUCUGCAUCAUUGUUUGCUGGGUGUUUCAGACAUUGUUGGCGUUUCUGUCACUGUUGUAAUGUCCCUUCAGUUUCACCAGAAACAUACUCUUGAUAAUUGAAAAAAGUAAUCGAUUUUAAGAUGUCAGAUGGCUGAAGUUUGAGGCAUUGUCACUUACACUAUAUACUUACACUAAUUCCCCCCAUCACCCAGUAAAGGUAUUUGAUUAAAAGUUCACGGGACGUCCAUUUCUGAAGAUUCCAUUGUCGCAAACACAAUACACAGUCUUUCUUUGUUGUCGCUCCUCUUGAAGUUAGCUUCAGCGUACCAGUCCAUGUCAAACACAGGAGAUAAAAUAUUUUUUUUUAAAAAUGCUGGACAGAAAAAAAAUGCACUACUGACAACCAUUUAAAGACAUUAUAUUACUAUUCUCGUCCAAAAAUUCCAAAAAAUCAAACCUAAGGCAGACUCACAUCAAUAGGUUUUACAUGAAAAUUGUACACCUUUUAUCCAUCAGGUCAGGACUUUAAGUCUGAUAAGGACUUGAAUACAGUGCUGGAGAAAA